AUGUCACGAGUUAUGAGAAAUAAAUUCUUAACGAUUGGGAUAUUUAUUCUGAUAAAUCUGUCUGAAGGAUUAGAAUAUAAAGGUUUAGAUGAAUCUAUUUUAUGGCUUACAGCCUCAGCUCUAUAUAAUGAUAAUACGACUAUGUGUAUGCUCGACUCUUCAUCAAAGCUUCAAUCAGGAAUAUUAUCAGGAAAUUACAUUGAUUUAGGCAAUUUUGAUGAAUGCCUAAGUGCCACAUAUAAAACAAGUGAUAUUGGCCAAAUCAACGGACAAUAUUGUUUAAUAAGACAUCAAAUUGAUGUCAAUCGCAGAAACGAAUUAUUAUCUGAAAUUUAUGAUAUUGAAAAUAGUACAUUGGAAGUAAAUAUUGAAAAUCCUAAAAACAUAUUAGUGGCUUUUGCCAUUUGUAUCCCGGAAUCUUGCACAAAAAAUGAGAUAGAAACUGCAAUUCAAUAUUUGAAGGAAAAAAAUAUAGUUUCUUUGAUUAAUCCACGUGUUAUGUGCACAAGGAAUGAAAAAUCUCUUCUUAAUGCUGCAGAUUGGUCAACAAUAUUUUUGAUUUCGACAAUUGGAUUACUUAUGACAAUAAGUACGAUAUAUGAUAUCUACUCGAGAAGAAAAAAAAGAAAAGCAGAAAAAUUGAACAAACUUCUCUUGAGUUUCUCAGUUUAUACUAAUGGCAAGAAUUUGUUGGGCAUUAAAUAUUCCAGUAAAGAUAUUGGCUGUAUCCACGGGUUGAGAGCCAUUAGUAUAAUAUGUAUAAUAUUAAUUCACAGAAACGCUAUUAGCAAAUUGUAUCCUACAAUUAAUUCUGAGGAUAUUUCUUUGUGGUACAACAAUUUAUAUAGCACAUACGUUUAUGGAUUUUUUGUAGCAGUAGACACAUUUUUUGUUUUGAGUGGAAUGCUGUUGUGUAUCAACUUUCUUAAAGAAAGAGACUUAGGAAAACCUUUCAAUGUCUUUACGUUUUAUUUGAAACGAUAUAUACGCCUAACGCCUCCAUUAGCUGCAGCAAUGCUCUUUGGGGCAACUCUACAAACAAAAUUCGGAAGUGGUCCUUUCUGGGAAAGCAAAUCACAGGAUACGAGAACAAAAUGUGCAGAUUACUGGUGGUAUAAUAUGCUUUACAUACAAAACUUUUUGGAUCCGACAAAAGUCUGUAUGCUGGCGACAUGGUAUUUAGCUGUUGAUAUGCAACUUUUUAUCUUGUCUCCAUUAAUUUUGAUACCAUUAUGGAAAAACCAAAAUAUGGUAUUUUUGAAAUAA